AUGGUUCGUCGUGGCGGCAAGUCGUCCCGCGCCGCGGGCCCGUCGCUCGACCCGACGCCGAUCCCCUCCACCCUUACGACUCCCCUGAGUUCAGCCUACCCUUCGACAUACACUUCCGAGGCCGAGUGGGAUGCCCUCGGUGACAGUAUUAGCUCUCUGACCCUGAGCGAGAAGAGGGCAGCCAAGAGAAGAGCGAAGCCUUUCCCCUUCAUGGCGCUGCCGUCUGAAUUGCGCCUCAAGAUCUACGACUACUACUUCGAGGGUGGCGGCGAAGUCAUUGACCUCGACCCGGACAAUUACAAGAACUUUCACAAGAAGCUUGGAAUUCAACGGACCUGCCGCACCAUCUACCGCGAAGUCUCCCACUACUUUUACAGUAGCCGCUCGUUUCGCAUCUUCCCGACCCACCCGGGCAAGUAUUUCAAGACCAAGAAGCCCCUUCUUGCCCGCAUGAAGCCGAGCUCGCGAUCUCUCAUCACAUCGCUGGAGCUUCGUCUUGGGCCUGGGUGGUCCAAGCCCCCUCGGGGAUGGAUCGUCACACCCGCCCUUGGCCUCAAUGAGUGCGUCAAUGUCCGUCGUCUAACUGUCAUGGUCGAAUGCGACCCUAGUGAUGGCAUCUUCAAUGGGUUUCGUCGCUCACAUGGGUUUUACGAAUCCUUCAGCCAAUCCCUUCUCAUUGAGGUAUUGAACCAAAUGCCCUGGGUUGACACCGUCACCUUCGACGCGUGGUCUAGUGUCAAGAAGUCAGGCGCCAUGAUGCGAGGACUUCUCGAUGUGACUGCGGCGAACAACCGCAAGAUCAGAUGGGGUCCCGAGAGAGGAUGGACCGACGGUCCCGACGAAGAGGACAAGGUCGGUAAUCUGGUGCUGGUACCUCCGGCAUCGGAGUUUAACACGUCCAGUAUGGGCGUACUGGUUAUGGCUUGA